UAUAAUGUAAACAUUUUAUGGGUGUUAUACCAAUAACAGUAGCAUAUAUUCAUAAAAUUGGAACAUUAAUUACUUGUAUGAAGUCAACUGACUUGUGUUUUGAAGUGGGAUAUUUAUUUGAUAAUAAGAAAAAUUAGUUGACUGUUGGAGAUUUAAAAGUUUAGUUUGUGAAAUUUGACCAAAUAAACAUUUUUUUUUAAAAAAAAGGGACAAGGUAAAAAAGAAAAAAGAAAAAAGAAAAAGUAAACGUGGAGGUACUUUAGGAACCAAACUAACGACGCACGUUAACAUUUGUAGCUGAUAGAAUAUCGCAUAUCAAGAGGACCAAAAUUCACCCUCAUUGCACUAUAAAUAUAUCUCCAAGCUUGCCUAAGUUCCUCACCAGAAAACUUCAAGCUUUUCUAGUUCUCUCGAAAAACUUUUCACAUCAUAAACAUUUCGAACACAGCAAUUCCCCACUCCACCGUACAUUCUUCUUUUCCGUAGCCAUGGAUGCAGUGACAAGAAUGGUUGCUGAGAGGCCGCUAGUGAUCUUCAGCAGGAGCACUUGUGACAUGUGCCACUCUAUCAAGAUGUUGGUGCGUGGAUUUGGUGCAAAUCCAACAAUUUACGAGCUCGAUCAAAUUUCAAAUGGCCAGCAAGUCGAACAAGCAUUACGGCAGCUAGGGAGUGAAAACUUGCCUGCUGUUUUUAUAGGAGGAGAGUGCGUUGGUGGUGAUAGACAAGUGAUGAGUCUCCUGCUCAAGAAUCAGUUAGGACCAUUGCUAAAGAGAGCUGGAGCCAUAUGGGUGUGGAACGACUAGUAAUUUUCUUUCUUUCCCCUCUAUCCUGUUUUGGGUAGCGUAAUAAAAAGUAUUAUGGCGAGAGCUAGAUUUAGAUAUCUAUAGAGACUCUUUUAACUUUGUUAUAAUUUGUGAAGUUGUUUUAGCUAGCUGUAGUUAGCUAGGCCAAGGGCAAAGGGCAACUGUUUGUAUAUGUUGGCUAAGUUCUUGGCUAUUGACUUCUGUGUAUGUUCAUGUAUUACUGUAAUGAAUAUGCAUGAGAAAUAAAAAAAAAAAAAAAAAAGUAGAGUCACCUUUAUUUAAAAAUCAAACUGCAUUUUGGCUUCUGCAUCAUUGUAUAACCAAAUCAGUACUAUAGUAUUAUUCCUAUCCA